AUGUUUACAAACAUCCAUGUACAAAUCUGGGAUAAAAAACUAACCUGGAUCCCUCACAUCCAAGAAAUAAAGAACAAAACAUCAGAUAUAGCCAGAAAGGCGCGCGCCUUCCAAGGUAAAAACUGGGGUCAGAAUCAUCAUAUUCAGAAGAUCCUCUACCAUGCGGUAGCUGAAAAAAUAGUCUUGUAUGCUGCUGCCGUAUGGGCCCAACCGAUGGGAGGACGAAAGAUCAAACAUCUUACAUCUCUUCAACGACCAUUCUCCCUGAAUCUCUGUAAAGUGUACCGCACCACAGCCACCAGCUCAGCGACAGUCCUUGCAGGGCUCAUUCCACUCCACAUACGGGCAGAACAAGAGGCAGUCUACACCACUCUCAUAUACCUCCGCAAAGAUGCAACAUUUGGCAACAUAACAUACAGCCCUCUGCAAUUUCAAAGCCCAGGUAACACUCUUCACACACAUCCUGCACGUAAAGACACAGGAAUAAGAAUUAACAUCUCACGGAUACAGCCACUGUCAAUGACGCGAGUUUCAAGGGAUACGCAAAUAUACACCGACGGCUCUAAGCAGGAAGACGGAGUAGGCAGCGCCUUUGCACACUAUGACAAAGGAAGAAUCAUCCAUGUAUGGAAAUCCAGGUUUUGGAAGAACGCCUUGACUUAA